AUGAGUUUAAUCCAUCAAAAUGUACAAUCUAUCGGUAAUACCAUCAAUAAAUUGGAAUAUGGACUUCAGGACCAUAAGGAGUGCAUGAUAUUAUGUUUAACUGAACAUUGGAAAUCUAAAGAACAACUUAUUAGUUUGCCAGUAAAAGAUUUCAAUCUCAUAGGAAGUUUCUGCAGAACAGAGGGUAGCCAUGGAGGGUCAGCAGUUUAUCUGCAUAAAUCGAUUGAAGGAAAAAAAAGAGAAGAACUUCAAAAAUUCUCGCAAUGUGGGGAUAUUGAAUGUGCAGCAGUGGAAUUUUAUGGAAAGAACACAAGUGUGAUAGUUCUCACAAUAUAUAGGCCACCUAAUGGGGAUAUGAAGACUUUCUUCUUUAAAUUAGAAAAUAUUCUGGACAAAAUUCAUCAAGAAAAUAAACUUAUCAUUAUUGCGGGUGAUUUUAAUAUAGAACUGUUGCAAAUGAACAAAGAUAGAUCGGAAUUUAUGAACCUUAUGGAAUCAUUCAACCUUUAUAUAUAUAUGAAUAAUUUACCCAUAACAACUACAGAUUUUUCACAUAUGGAAACCAUUAAUAAAUCCUUUUAUCUAAAACCUACAACAUCUACAGAAAUUGAAAACCUAGGCAAGUCAAUAAAAAACAAAUUUAGCAGCGGAGAAGACGAAAUUCCUAUAAUUAUAAUUAAGUUAGCAUUACCAGCUGUCAGUGAAAUAAUGUCUGUCAUCAUCAACAACUCCUUCAAAUAUGGCAUCUUUCCCGAAUCACUGAAACUCGCAUCAAUAAAACCAUUGUUUAAGGAAGGAAAACCAGAAGAUAUAAACAACUACAGACCCAUAAGUUUAUUACCAGGAUUUUCAAGAAUUUUUGAAAUGUUGAUGUCAUCAAGGCUGAUGAAUUUUUUUGUUGAGAAUGAGCUAUUUACCGACGCCCAGCAUGGUUACCUUCAAGGACGCUCAACUCGAACAGCAAUUUUUUGAUUUGUCCAAAGCAUAUGAUUCAAUAGAUACAAUAUAUCUCUUACAAAAACUUGAAUUUUAUGGUGUAAGAGGAAAUGCAAACAAAUGGUUGAAAUCAUUUGUAACAAACAGGAAACAGAGAGUAACUAUCACUCAAAAUAAUGUAACUGCCAAGUCUAAAAUAUUAACUCGCGCCACAGGAAUUGACCAAGGAAGCACACUCGGAGGUAUUUUGUUCAUUAUAUAUCUUAAUGAUCUAGGAGUAUUAUUGUUAAAAAUUCAAGAAUUUGUUGUUAAUUAUGUUGAUGAUACCAGUUUAUUAGUAAGCGAUGUAAAUUUCGAAGAACUCACAAGGAAAGCUGGUCAAUUAUUUCUUAAGUCCAAAGCAUGGUUUGACCAAAAUAAAUUAAUAUUGAAUGAAAGUAAAUCAAAAGCUAUUCUAUUUGAUACAAGCAGAUCACAAAAAGAAAAAUCAAAUAUUAUAAGUUGGCCAGGAUACAGUUUUCAGCUAUCAGAUUGUGUAAAAUUUCUGGGAGUACACAUUGACCAAUUUCUUAAUUGGCGUCAACACACUGAGAUCCUGUCAAUUAAAUUAAGUAGAAUAUGUUUUGCAUUGAGAUCCAUCACUAGAUACUUGAAUGAAAGAACUUUAAAAAUAGUUUAUUUUGGGAAUUUUGAAGCAAAUGUCAAUUAUGGAAUAAUAUUUUGGGGAAAUAAUGAAAAUUUAAAUAAAAUAUUUUUGAUACAAAAAAGGGCUUUCCGCAUAGUUUUUAAGUUAAAAUUUAGGGAAUCUUGUAGGGGAAAAUUUAGAAAUAAGAAUGUUUUCACAGUCUUUGGUCUAUAUUUGUUCGAAUGUUUGUUGUUUCUGCACAAAAAUAGGCACAAUUUUGCAGAAGAGAAUUUAAAUAUAUAUAACACAAGAUCUUUAGACAUAAACUUUCCUGCACAUAGGUUAACAUUAACAGAGAAAUGUCCAUCUUACAUGAGUAUAAGAGCUUUCAAUAAGUUGCCUAAUCAAAUUAAAUGUAUAUCAGAUUACAAACUAUUCAGGAAUAGAAUAAAGAAUUUAUUAAUAAUGUUAGAGCCAUAUAGUCUGGCAGAAUAUUUCGAAGGGGCGGUAUAAGGGCCUGUAAAUGUAUGACGUCAUUUCACUUAAAUUUUUCUUUGUAUAACAUUGUAUUUGUUUAUUUGAAAUAAAGAAGCAUUAUCUAUC